CAAAGGGUAGAAUUACUGUUGAUUUCAUUUCUUGCGAUGGCACAGCAGAUCGUAGUCCAGGCCACUGGUAAGGAUGGCAAGCUCACUGAAGACUUCGAGGACAACCUUCAGAUCACAAAGGCACCCGUUCCGGCCCCCAAGGAUGGCGAGAUCCUCGUGAGAGUGCUGUACAGGCCCGUCAACCCUUCCGAUGUCUACAGAGUCAUCGACAUGCCCGGAAGGGCGCCGGUGGACCUGCCAUUCGUUCCGGGCCUCGAGGGAUAUGGCGAGGUCGAGGAUAAUGGUCCGGGCACGUCUGGCGAUUACAAGAAAGGUGACAGAGUUGUGGCAGUUCCAUGGCCAUCCAGGGCCACUGGUCAGGGCACCUGGCAGCAGUUUGUGGCGGUGCCAGAGGAUGAUCUGGUCAGAGUUCCGGACGCUAUUGAAUCCAAGGCGGCUUCGCAGUUCCUCGUCAAUCCUGUGACUGCAUAUGGGCUGGUGGAGGACAUUGCAGUACCAGAGGGCAAGUGGCUGCUGCAGACAGCGGCCGGCUCGGUGCUGGGCCGCAUUGUCAUCGCGCUUGCAAAGAAGCAAGGAGUGAAGACCAUCAACGUUGUGCGCCGCAGCGCGCAGAAGCAGGAGCUUCUGGACCUCGGGGCCGAUGAAGUCAUUGCAACAGACACAGAGGACCUCGUUUCGCGGGUCAAAGAGAUCACAGGCGGGGAGGGGGCGUAUGGCGCUCUGGAUGCAAUUGGCGGUAAGGCAAUUGGCAGUGUUCUGGACUCCAUUCGGGAGGACGGCAGAGUGUUGCUGUAUGGAGCGUUGGGAGGCCCAGAGGUCUCCUACAACGUGCUCAAGGUCAUUUACCAGGCAAAGAAGGUGGAAGGAUGGGUGCUGUUCAACUGGCUGUACCGGGGUGGCGAUGACGGCAAGAAGAAGCUGCAGAAAGUGUGGGACCUCUUCCUGGACGGCACUAUCCAGCCCUACACUGGUGAGGUCUUUCCUCUGGAGAGGGCUGUGGAUGCAGUGAAGGCAUCAUUGAAUGUGGGCCGCGGAGGCAAGGUGCUGAUUGAAGGCUGAUCAUAAGGGGGUUUCCAGGGCUUUGCAUGAUUUUCAGGAUGUGCUGUCACAUCGUGUGUUUGCUUGAUAUCAAUAUCAGUGACACUGUCUGUAUUUUGAAUAGCUGAUGACUGCCAGUGCAUGCAUUAGUAGUUUGGUGCUCGGGAAAACUUUGAUGACUAACACGUCUAGGAACAUUAUAGAGAUUGCCGGAUAGUUGCUGGCACGCAGUGAUGCUCUCAUGUGUUUGCUGUUGAUUCCGAAUCCGAUUCCGAAGAUGGAGUCUUAGCUACUAGCAGACACUGUCUGGCAUGGCAUGCGGCGGUCUAGAUGCAUACAUCCAGUGUUGCCGUCAAGGAUUUGGUUGUAAAUUGGAGUUCUGCUUC